AUGGCAGGCCAUUCCCACAGAUCAUCGGUCAAGAACGGCCACAAGCCGUUCAAAUCCAAGCACGCGUCCAAAGGCGCGCUCAAAAACAUGUACAAGGGCAAAGUCGAGAAAGCGGGGUCCACAGCAGCUGGCAAGUCUGGUGCCAAACCCGUGUCGCGGCUGCAGCGCAAGAACGCUGCCAAACAAGCGCGCGAGAACAAGAUGCUCGACGCACUGCACACACGUAAGCUUUUCGAGGGCGCUGGCGGUGCAGAAAAGAUCAUCGCGGUGGUGCCCCUCACGUCCGAUGUCGACGUCGCACAGCUCGUGGCCUUGCUCGUCAAGGACGCAGAUCCAGAGGCGGACUUCCAAAUGGGUCCCGCGCCGUGCAUCUUCAGCGUUGCAGUGAAAAAGUUCAGGUGCAGCCUGAAGUUCAUCAUUCCCGACAUGUGCAACUUUGUCAGUGUGCUGGAUGCGGCCAAAGUCGCAGACUUCACAUUGUUCGGACUCAGUGCAGCUGCAGAGGUCGACACCGAGUUCGGUGAGCAGAUCGUUCGUGCAGUGGAGCUGCAAGGUAUCUCGUCGUACAUGGGGUGCGUGGCCAACCUCUCACAGGCGCACCCAAAGGAAAAAUUCCAACUUGAUCUCAAACAGUCCCUGGAAAGUUUCUUUAAGCAUUUUUUCCCCAGCCAAGACCGCAUCUACAAUCUAGAAAAGGCCCCAGAGGCGGCCAAUGCCCUCCGCACUUUGUGUCAGCGGUUCCCACGCCAGGUCAGCUGGAGAGACAAUCGUGGUUACAUGGUGGCCGAAGCUGUCGACUUCGUGGGCCCCGAAAGUGGCGACGACGGCACGCUGGUAAUUGACGGUACAGUACGUGGUAUCGGAUUCCACGCUGACCGUCUGGUCCACAUUCCAGGCUUGGGAGAUUUCCAGGUCUCGCGGAUCGAAAAAGUCAGCGACUCGAACCGUAGGUAUGUCAACAACAAAAAGAAUGAGGCUGCGUCUGACCCGCUAAAUCUAGCCUUAAAGACCGAGUUUUUGCCCACCCCAGAACAGGAAACGUUAGAUGACUAUGCGCCAGAGAAUGUAGAUGAUGAGAUGCAUUCUGAUGACGAAGGUUUCCAAUACGACGACUUGACCGCUGCUCGAUACGAUGACCAUGGCUUUUUGCCCGGCAGAGAGUUGACCGUCAAAAAGAUAAGACUACCCAAGGGAACUUCUGAAUAUCAAGCUAGAUGGUAUCUGGAUGACGUGAUCGAUGCUGCCGACGAGGAAGAAUUGACAAACGCAGACGAGGCCGAUAUGGCUAUCGACCAAGAUGACCACGACGGCGUAAGCGAUGACCUGGAAGACGGCAUGGCAGACGAGCUUUUGGAAAACCAAGAAGAUUUCGAGGAAGACAAUCAGGACGAUAUGUACGUGGAUUUGUCCCCCGAAGAGGAGGAAAGGCAACUCAACGAAUAUCGUGCUUUAGAAAAGGAAGAUCGUGAAUUCCCUGACGAGAUUGAGCUCAACCCCUCUCAACCGGCCACAGAAAGACUGAAGAGAUACCGUGGUCUAAAGAAUUUAUACAACUGCAAUUGGGACGUUGACGAAUAUGAUCCUAAAGCUACACCUGAGUGGAAACGCAUUUUGAGAAUCGGAAACUACACUAAUAUUAGAAAUAAGAUGUGCAAAGACGCUACGAAGGGCGCCGAAGUCAUUGCGGGUGAUCGCAUCAAACUCCACAUAAAGAUGAGCAAGACACUACUGCGUAGGAUAAAAGAUCCCCGCCAAGAAGCUCUCGCCGUCUAUGGUCUGUUGAAGCAUGAGCACAAAAAUGCGUUGGUCAACUUCUCAAUUCAAAGGUGGGAAGAGUUUGAAGACCCUGUUCCUUCAAAAGAACCUCUAUUUGUACAAUACGGUGUGAGGAGGUACAUCAUCCAACCUUUGUUCUCCUCGGCCUCGAACACACCCAACAACGUUCACAAGUACGAAAGAUUCCUGCAUCAAGACUCUGCUUCGAUCGCCACCUGCAUCGCGCCAGUCGAUUUCACCCAGUCUCCAGCGCUGUUUUUCAAGGAAUGUCCUGAAGACGUGAAAGGUAUCAACUUUGUGGGCCACGGCUCCUUCCUUGGCGCAGACCAUACUCGUAUCAUCAGUAAGAGAGUCGUGCUCACCGGUGAUCCAUUCAGAUUUCACAAGAACGUUCUCACGACACGUUUCAUGUUUUUCCGACCCGAGGAUGUUGAAUGGUUCAAGUCCAUUCCGCUGUUUACCAAGAGUGGUAGGUCCGGUUUUAUCAAGGAAAGCUUGGGUACACAUGGUUAUUUCAAAGCUACUUUCGAUGGCAAGCUUUCUGCGCAAGACGUUGUGGCAAUGUCGCUCUACAAGAGAGUGUGGCCUCGCACUUCUAAGCCGGUAGACUUUUAA